GGAAAAUCGUGGUAUAUUUGAUCUAUCUGAAAGACCUGUGAAAUCAAAUUUGGCUUUACCAGCCAUCCGUCAGAGACGAAGCAAUGUAAUAAAUAAGUCUGCCAAACUUCACAGAGGUGAAAAAGCCGUACAAGCCUUUCUUCAAGCUGGCCACAAGCAAUUUUGCACUGAAGUUAAAUUCCUUGAGAGCCAAAAUUCAAGCAGCACUGAAUCUCAAUACAUUACGCAUCAGAAAACCCAUAGAGUAGAGAAUCUGCAUGCAGGUAGGGAAUGUGGGAAAAUCUUCAUUAAAAAGUCCUUCCUUGCUGAUCAUCAGCUCAUUCAUGCUAGAGAGAAACCCUAUAGAUGCAGUCUGUGUGGGGAAGCCUUCGCGAAAAACUUCAAGCUUCUUGAGCAUCAUCAUACAAUUCAUAAAGGACAAAAACCGUAUCGGUGCUCAGAAUGUGGCAAAGCUUAUCUCCAUAAGCCGCAGCUCAAUGAACAUCAGAAAACACAUAUGGCAGAGAAGCCCUAUACAUGCCAUGAAUGUGGAAAAGGCUUCAUCAGGAAGAGCCAUCUCACUAUUCAUCACCGAAUUCAUACAGGAGAGAAACCCUACGUAUGCAGUCAUUGUGGAAAAGGCUUUAUCAAGAAGACAGAUCUCACUGUUCAUCUGCGAACUCAUACUGGAGAGAAACCCUACAUUUGCAGUUAUUGUGGAAAAGAUUUCAACCACAAGGGUAGCCUCAUUAUUCAUCAACGGACUCAUACCGGAGAAAAGCCCUACAUAUGCAGUGAAUGUGGAAAAGGCUUCAAACAUACCGGAAGUCUGGUUGUUCAUCAGCGGACUCAUACCGGAGAGAAACCCUACGUGUGUGGUGAAUGUGGAAAAUGCUUCAAACACAAGGGAAGCCUCAUUAUACAUCAUCGAACUCAUACUGGAGAGAGACCCUAUCUAUGCAGUGAAUGUGGAAAAGGCUUCAACCAGAAGGGAAGUCUGAUCAUUCAUCAGCGAACUCAUACUGGGGAGAAGCCUUAU